AUGUCCGCUCAGCAAAAUACCCUCAAUAAACGAACAUCACGUGCUUGCGUUUUCAUCGACUCAAGUAAUCCUUCAAUGCCAAGUCAAGUGAUCAACCACGCGCAACCGUUCAUAAAACCGCCAUUUCCUCCGACAAUUGAACCACGUGAUCUAUUGAAGAAAGGCAUUUCGUGCAAGGCUCCGAACGCUUUUAUCAUUUAUCGAAAAGUUUUCAUAACAACCGCUAGAUCCGAUGGAUACAACUUACCAAUGACGGUUAUCUCUUCAAUGGCUUCUCAAUCUUGGGAACAAGAACCUGAUGAUGUUAAAGCCGAAUAUAAACGAAUCGCCAAGGAAACUUUUAACCUUCGUAACGAUAUGUUGCCAAAAUCUGUUCGUCGUCGUAAGCGUGAAAAAUGGAACAUCGUUUCUUUUGAAGAUAAUGGUGAUAAAUUUGGACUUCGAACUGAAUCAAUAAAGAUCAAAUCGACAGCAGCCAAGCACAAAAAAUCUGCUUGUAAGGAUAAAUUAAAGUUGCCACGAAAUAACCAAUUUCUUUUAUCACCCGUUUCAUCACCCGAACCUAUUCCUUCGGUACCAAGUCCUAUAAUCACUUCAGCGGUUUCUCCUUUGAUAUUACCGAAGGUUUCAACUAAACCUUCUCAUUCGCUGUUCGUGAAUUAUCAUAGUGAGGAAUUAGCCCAAUGUAUGAUUCCAUCUCCCAAAAAGACGAAAUUCGAUGAAUCUUUUGAAACGAAUAAAAUUACGGAAUGUAAAAAUUGGUUACAAAGUCCAGAAUCUUCAAUCGGUUCUCCCGAGACUGAUGAACAGUAUUUGAUUGAUUUUGAAUCGUCGAUUCCACUUUUCGUUGAACCUUCCAUAUUUUCACAAUUUGAUGAACAAAUUGAUUUGAUGUUGGAACAACCAUCUCCACAAUUCAAUCUUGGGAUCAAUACGGAUAAUCUAUUUAAUGAACAUUAUUCGGAUGUUACAUUUGAUGUUUCAACAGAAAGUCGUCAGAGUUCUAAUUUAUUCUCUUCACAAAAUUUUUUAACCACUGAAUUUUCAUAUUAUAUGUAA